AUGGUCGGAGACAAGGAGGGCUUUGUGGUGCUUCUUGUGAAGUACCUGCACAGCUUUGGACACCAGCAGGAUGUGAAGUGCUUUCACGGUCUGGGGCACCAGGAGGCUCUGUUUGCCAAGUCCGUGACCAGUAUGGAGGUCAUGAUUGUCAUCAUCGGGGCUGUGAACUUUGGUUGCACCCAUGCUCUCAGCCACAGACAGUUCCACAUUCUCUUGGAUGACGCUGAGGCAGAGUUCAGCAACAUGAUCUACUUCUGUGAGGUCCGUUGGCUCAGCCGAGGAAAGAUGUUGGCGAGAUUCUUCAACUUGAGGGAUGAGCUGGUGUCUUUCCUGCGAGAGAAGAGUAAUUCUGUCCCUCAGUUCGAGGAUCCCGCAUGGGUGUGUGACCUUGGGUUCCUGGUGGAUAUUACUGGCCAUCUAAAUGAGGUGAACAUCCAGCUGCAAGGAGGCCUUGCACUUAGCUUCAUUGUUCGGGUCCACAUAAUCUUGAGAGCAGCUGUUCAGCCACAUGAAGCUGAUGAAGAACAAGAUGAGAGCACAGCUUACAGACGCUCAUCUUCAAGACUUUCUCCUCCUGGCAUCCUCGUCCAUCAAGCCAGACAUUGA